CGCGCCAACCCUUCGCACACUCCCCAAAACUUGACAUGCAGACGGCUGUCAGCGUGAAGCAGAAGAAGCAGAGUCAGAAGUACUGGCACACCCGCCGCUAUCUCUGACCACGAAUGUCCUUUGAAAUGCAUCUACUUCUGUCACUACCAAUGACGAACAUUUCUGCCUAAUAGUGGACACGGGUUUAGACACGCAGUCCACUGAACCGGGACGUCCGGCCAAAUGGGCACAUUGCUGCAGUGAGAGUUGCGGAUUUAAAUGAACCCUCUCAUUCAAAGGCUCUCUAUUGCUUUCGGUGAGCUGGAUCUGAAGAGUUCAAAUUCCUGACGCAUCACUCUGACAUUGUGAUAUGUGACAUGUUCGCUGAUGAGAUAGCUUGCAGGUCUCCUGAAAUGCAACUAACGAGUUACACUUACGAGAAAAAACCCGGCCAUCCUACCGAGCCCCCCUUUCGGAACAUGAGACGCACCACCAGCCACGAGCGAGGAACCCCGCUUCUCAGUACCGUAGGAACCAUCACGAGCGCCCGCACAGAAACAAGCCGCGGACUUCAUGAAGUGACUCUUUCCCACCAUUGAGUCGUUUUUUAACUGUUGUGGACAACUAAUUCAAACUGUGUUAAUGCUUUUGGUGACCUCGGGUGACCUCCGUAUCCAAGUCCCGCGCUGAACAGGGCGCGGCAGCAUCAUCUGACACGAACCAGGGGGGCGGUCCCCUCCGGCUCUCCCGUGUAUCGUAGAGGACGAACCUACAAAUGGCGUCGCAAAUUCAGUCCUUUUUUUGUCGAGAUAAAUAUUAACACACAGCACCUUAGGUGCUAUGUUUUCCAAGCUGAGCGAUUUGCAGUCGCGGAGUACCACCGUGCAGGAACGUAUUCCUUUUUCGAGCACGUCCUGGAUGUUCUGGCUUCUCCAAGAACCGCACGGGGGAUCGCUCCGUAGCCGAACCACCUGCAGCAGAAGUGCCAUUGUUUAAAGUAACCAGAGCUUUCAUCCACUAACCAUAUGGAUCCGCAACUCGUGCUCGCGUAGAUUUUCCGUUGGAGUCCAGGCUCCACAGGGGUACAGUAUUCCUGUGAACACAGGCCUUUCUCAGGGGACUCCACUCCCUGGGAAGACUGUUCCCCCGGUCCAGUCAGAGGAUCCGCAACCUCGCGGGCUACUGCCUGGGGGAAAUCGAGAACACAAGUCAGCAUCUUUGUCUCCGCGUCUCUGGCGUCUAGGAGGCGUGAGUUUAGUAGGCAACUCACCUCGGAUUCUAAGGGAGGGAAAUGCGUCACAUUUUUCCUGAUGACUCGGCGACUAGCAUGAGGGCUCUCGUUUGGGGUCUCGGGGCCCGUGUCCUCUGGUUUUUCUUAGCAGGUGUUCUCGCUGCUACCGUGGACAUCGCUGGCGCCGAUGGGAUUGGACAGGGUAUGCCUGACAGUGGUUUCAACCAUGUGGAUGCAGAGGCGCAGCCGACGGUGUUUAUCCGUGAAGAGCACGAUGACAGUGCAAGCUCUGAACUCGUCGAGGACGACGGAACAUACAGUGUGGCCCGGCGCUUUCGUCUGAUGGUUAUGGCCGACCACAAAAAGGACGGACGUGCAUGCGAAAGGGACAUGGUUCUGCAGGCCGCGGAUAUUACAAGAUUGAGAGUGGGGGGUUCGCGAACAUCUUUCAGUGCUGGACUCGUCCCUCUCGUCGGUCUCCCUUUGUUGGCGGCGGCUGGCCUGAAAGACUACAUCCUCGGAGUGAACGCCCCUGUUGAUGAGCUGCGCCUCCCCGGCGCCAGGGCUCUGACCCCGCAUGACGUGGUCGACGGUGUUGUUUCGGUUGGUCCCGGACCUCCACCACGGCCCGACGGUGAAACACCCAGAAUAGUGCCUUUUGGGGGUACGCAAGAUAAGCCUUUCUGGAAGUCAAAGACCUUCAUCGGAUCAGGAGUUGCCUUGGUCGCUGCCAUUAUCGCUGGACUCGCGUCUUCGUAUAGGGCUUCAAAACAGGAGCGGUCUCGACGGGGUUUGCUAGGCGGCGAACAGACGGCAGUGUGGGAUUUGUCUGAUUGCAUCCUUUUAGUCGACGUGGGCCAAGCGCAGUCCCGAAAGUCCAUUUUUGGCACCUUCGUGCCGGGGUCCGCGAGACUCAUCGUUGACUACCGUCGGCAGCGUGCUCGCUUACUGUACGAAGAACGACCACCGCUUGUUGGAAAUCUUCUAUUCCGUCUUCGGCGGAAGAGCCUCAACAGGUUCGAGGACUUUCAGCUGAACACACCGCACUGCUAUUUUCGACCAGACUUCCAACCGCUGGCCCAGAAAGAGAGGACAGAAGUUUCUACGAAAAAGGAAGAUAGACAUGCCCCCCUCCCUCUGACCUCUGGAAAUCUUUUCUUCCGUGAGCUGCUUGAUUCUAAGGGCAAAAAAACCGAGGGCAUCGCGAUCCAUUUCGUCAAAAACCCCGGGUGGGUGGCCCCUAAAGAGGCUCUACCCCUUGCAGCGGCAGCGCGAAGCGCCGCGUCAGACCUUGAUUUCACCCUGUUGAUGCGCCGAGCAGCAGCCAGAAAUCUGGUGUGUUCAGAAAGCGUAAAAGGAGGAAGUGGCGGCAUAUCAAUGUGUUGGAAGUCGUCUCCCCCAACAGGUUCGUUGCUUUUGUGGCACGAGGAGGUCUUGCAGCAUAGCUGUCGCGUCGUGGCUGCCUUUCGAGGCAGUGUUAAUCAUUCGGUCUGGGCGAACUUUGCAACUCAGCAACUCUCUAUAGGCUCCGAUGCGCCUUCUACGCGCAGUGAUAAUGUCCGUUCCGUGCUGAGCAAGUGCUUGCUCCUCGAGCGGAAUCCUCCCACGUAUGGUGUUGCGCUGAAGAGAGCAACGAUCUCGUGUCCGGACCCAGCAACGGUGCCAUGCGGCAGUAUCCUCUUCAGACAGAAGACUGACGUAGGAGUACUGGAGGGUCACUCCGGCGCUUCAACGUCGUCGAGGAAGCCUACUGAGGUAGCUUCUACGGUCUUGCAAGGAAAGGAAGAGCCCGGUCUUGUAGGCGCAGGUGCCGCGACCCAAAUGGACUACAGAGGGAACAAGGAGACUUCCAAGGUGAUACAGUCUUCAGUAGAGUUUUUUACGGUAUUCAUAGUCGAUUUUCAGCGCAAGCCCUCCGAUUGGCCAGUACUGCUUGAGAUGAGGAAAAAGGAUGCGGCAAGAACUAGAACCUGAGCUGAUACCUUUAGCCGGUGAAAGCGGUGCGUACGCCCUCCACCCGCGCGAAUUGCCAUUCGAACUCAAUGCGUUUCCUACAGAAAUUGCGCAAGCAUGAUUGAGAACCACAACACGCCAGUGAGAAGCCAUGGUAACAGAAUUUCGACCACGCUCACGGUGACUGUUAGAGCUUAUGUGAAACCUCUGCUGCACGGGACAUUUUUUUGAUGCUUUGAGCACUAUCAUCUGCAGAACGUGCAUAUUCAUUUACAAUACGUGUUUUUCAGAUGAUGCCGAUAUGUGUCGAAUUCGGAGGUAGGGUGAGCAGUUGAUAAUACUGCGCCCGUUGGUGGUGACCUUCACCUCACUCAGACCCCCGUGGAAGUUUGGUGCCCGGUCAGCAGGAUGCUCGGGCUAGGAUCAGUCUCGCUACGUGGCUGCCAUGCAUGCCGCAAACUGCGGACUCGUUACCAUUCAAGGUAUGGUAAGAUUGUAGUUUCGGAUGAAGGGACGUGACUUUCAACCAUUAAUAAGAGGCAUUGUGUGUAUGUAGUGUCAGUCAUCCGAUUUAUUCCGUGUGCCCUUCGGCUCAUCUGCAUGGCUCGAUGUCGACCUUUUUAUGUAAAUAGGGUUGGUAAGAGAUCGUGCGAGAAACAGACAGGUUGUCCAAUUGCAGAAAAUAUUGCUUGCGUGCAUGAACAUACCUUGUUCUCAACCAGAUGUCGGGAGCGAACGACAGAACGGAUCAUGUGCAGUGGCACUGUCUUUUUCUACAGUCUUGGUUUUGUCGGCGCUGGAUUUUCUGCUAGUACCCCGGCACAAAGUGUUUACAGUCUGGUGCAGCCUUUGAAGUAGAGCAGUCUCCGCAGCAGCUGUUGGAUGACAAGGUAACGGUAGUUCGAUUGAGGGAGGUCGGCAGUGCAGCCGUCAUGUGAUGUUUCCGCCCUACAUUUCAGCGUUUCUAAUUUUUCUUCGGGCCGUGUGGCAGAGCUGUCAAGGUGGCGCGGCGCAUCAAGCGAAACUCCAGACUCAUCUGGUUUCGUCUCUGACUU